AUGCUUCUCUCGCACGUGCCUGUGUUCGCCCUCCUUUUCGGGCUCACUUUUGGGUCUCCAAAGAGACCCCAUCGCUGUGUGAUUCCAUGCAGUGGAGACCAGACGGCUGACGACUCCGAAACAGUCAGUAGCAUCUUCGCUCAAUGUGCUCAUGAUUCGGUGAUUAUCUUCGAGGAGGGUGUGGACUACAAUAUCUUCAAACCGAUCAGUGCCACCAACUUGAGCAAUGUCGAAAUACAGGUCAAGGGCAACCUCCACCUGCCGCAGAGUAUUGCUCAGAUCCAGCGCAUCGUCAACGGCACGGAUCGUGUUCCAAAUACAGAUGGACAUACUUGGUUCACAUUCUCGGGACCUCAGAUCGACUAUGUCGGAUCAGAAGACAUCAACAGUGGUUGGAUCUACUCCUACGGCCAGGCGUGGUGGGAUGCAAACCCAGCGAAUGGAACAGGAAUCGAUUCUCGGCCUCAUUUGAUGAAUUUCCAGACCACUGAUGGAUCAAUGAAGUACUUCAAGUCUCGAAAGCCGAUCGCGUGGAAUGUCAAGUUGAAGGGCGAUAACAUCGAUAUCAGUCAUGCGUUUAUCGACGCAGAGUCCGACAACGAAUCCUUCCCAUUCAACACCGACGGAUUUGAUGUCUCUGCGACCAAUGUCCGAGUCACCGACAGUAUCUUUUACAAUGGUGAUGAUGCAAUCGCGGUAUCAGACGGAUCCCACAAUGUGGUCUUCAAGCACAACACGAUCGGCUUCCAGAGUCACGGAAUGAGCAUUGGCUCGUUAGGAUCAAAUCCCAAUUCUUUCAACAACGUGUCGGACAUUCACUUCGAGGACGUGACGGUGAUCAACGCCAUCUAUGCUGCUCGCUUCAAGUCCUGGAUCGGUGGACAAGGUCUGGUCAAGAAUGUCAGCUGGAAGAACAUCCGAGUCUACAACGUGACCUUCCCCAUCUUUGUCACUCAAAGCUACUUCGAUCAAGGCUCGACCAAGGCGCCUCGCGUGAACAAUGCAUCGGUUGUGAUGGAAAACUUCACUUGGGAGGACUUCACGGGCUCACUCAACACUUACCACCCAGGUGACGGAUCUUGCACUUCAGAUCCUUGCUGGUACGAUGCUGGACUACCGCAUCUGAACCAUACGGAGUCGGUCAUCAUCCAGUGCAAUACGGCAAGUUCUUGCAAGGACUUUAAGUUGAAGAACAUUCAAGUCAUUCCACAGAGUCUGGCUAAUCCCACAGCAAUUUGCGUCAAUACCACGGCCGAGCUGAAUCCGCACCUUGGAGUGUGUUAG